AUGGAAGUUGGCAACAUAACCACAGUCACGGAGUUUGUUCUCCUAAGACUAUCCAACGACCCUCAGAUCCAGGUAGUGCUCUUUGUACUGUUCCUGGUGAUUUACCUCCUGACGCUCAUAGGGAACCUGCUGAUGCUGCUGGUGAUCAGAGCUGAUUCCCACCUCCACACCCCCAUGUACUUCUUCCUGAGUCACCUCUCCUUCCUGGAUGCUUUCUAUUCCUCCAUCAUUGUGCCUAAUCUGCUAGAGAACCUUCUUUCCGAGGGGAAGACUAUAUCCUUCCUUCAGUGUUUCACCCAGAUCUCCUUGGUCCUAUUUUCUGGAGCCACUGAAGCUUGCCUCCUUUCAGUCAUGGCCUAUGACCGGUUCCAGGCUGUGUGCCACCCGCUAUUGUACAUGGCGGUUAUGGACAGGAAGGUAUGUACUGGCCUGGUGGGAGCAUCCUGGGCCAUAGGAAUAGGGACUAGCCUAGUUAACACCCUCCUCCUGGCCCAGCAGCACUUCUGCGGCCCCAACCUCAUCCACGGUGUCUCCUGUGAGUUUCCCCCGGUGCUCCUGUUGACCUGUUCUGACCCCUAUGUUAGCACUGUCUCCAUCCUGACCACCAUGGUGGUCCUGGGCCUUGGCACCUUUUUCUUAUUGCUGUGUUCCUACACCCGUAUCAUCAUGACAGCCCUGAGGAUCAAGUCUGCCACAGGUCGGAGCAAGAUCUUCUCCACCUGCUCUUCUCAUUUUCUUGUGGUCACCAUCUUUUAUGUUUCAGGAGUUUGCAGGUACAUGACUCCGUUAUCCAACUCAGCCCUGGAGCAAGUGCUCUCCAUGCAGUACAGUGUGGUGACCCCGCUGUUAAACCCCUUCAUCUACAGUCUGAAGAAUCAGGAGGUGAAGGCAGCUCUGAGGAGGAUGCUGGCCAGGAAGCCCAGGCUUACCUUCUAA